AUGUUUCCCCAACAUCGAAAAGAGAAGGAAUCAGAUGGCGGUGCCUCACCGGAUCCCGCCGAAAGUGCAAGCAAACUCAAAGUAUCCCCACCCAGUUCACCGUCUGUGCAUGCUGAAGGUGGUGGCGAUAUUAGACCGGUUGAUGUCUUACAUGCUAAUCCGGAGAGAGCGGGGAAACGCGCAAUGUCCCCACCUUGUUCAUCGUCCGUCCCUGUUGGAGGUGGCAACAAAUCCGACUCAGGAAACAUCUCACCAGGUCCUUUCGAAGAGGCAAAAAAAAUAAAAAUUGAAGACUUUGGGACGAGUAAAUCUCUCGGUGUCUUACAGUGUCCUUCUGCAACGAAAUAUGAAGACGAAAGUUCCCUGUCUGCGAAAUCUACUAUUACCUCACUAGGAUUUUCUAAAACGUCAGAAGAAAAACAACAACAAAAACCUUCACCGCCUUCUGAAUCAUCGUUUGUGCCAACCAGGUCUGAGGCUUCAUCUUCCUCCGCUCGUAGCUCUUUCGCCUUCAGUGCUCUAAAGAUAGAUGAUGAGACUGAGUCUGUUUCAUACUGUAGGUUUUUCGACGCCCUGCUCUACCGUCUAGCUGCUCUCCAGUUGCCUGUUUGCCUAAUCACGUUGGAAGUAGGUCCAGUGGCCAAGGACGCUUCACAACCAACCGUCUUCAAGCCGCCUGAUUUUUUGCAUGACGACAGUAAACCUCCGUCCCUGCAUUCAGUUGCUUGGCCAGGCUACCCUGGUCGUUGUUCUCUGGAAUUCUACCCAGUUCCGAAGGCAAUCUUUGUGUUGCUUAAUUACCCUUAUGGAUUCCCAAUGCUUACACCGGCGUAUCUUGGCAGACUCCCUAAUCGUUGGCAUAAUAUCUUUCUUCAGAUGUCUGCCCGACUGAUUCAUCGAGCUCUUGCCUUGCGCUACAAAAUGACCGUUACUAACAUUCCGCUUGAGCCUUUCCCUGGAAUCUCUGUUGAGGUUUUUCAUUCUCAAUCCUUUUUUGAAUCCACUGGACCCCUUCUAAUCAUAAUACAAGGAGGUACAUUCAGCACAGCAGGCGUAUGGGAGCCGGACCACCUUUUGCAAAGCGGCGUCGGCCGAUUCGCCAAAGGCCUCGAGUCGGGCAGUCAAAUCAGGCUGGCCGAAAUGGCCCACGCGCUAGGCUACGCACUCGCUAUCAUUAAUCUGAAUAGCGUGGUUGACCGUAGACCAUUACCCGAGGAUUUAGACCCUGAAACUGAAUCUGUCGCCGUGUGUGAGUUGUUACCAGUCGCAUCUGCGCCGUCUUCAACUAACUCCUCCACUGUUCUGCGCCGGAGACAGGCGCGAAUUUGCUUGAGCGAAUUCCCCAUUAUUCCACAGCCCAUGUGCCACGUGGAGCUUGAGGAGAGGCUGGUGUGCGUGUGGCUGCACCUCAUGAAACGAUGCGCCUCCCAGCAGAUAUGCGUCUGGGCGCACCAGAUGGCCGCGGCCUACUUUCUCUAUCCCCUCCGCCCUUUCCCUUGUGAAUGGCGCACAGGUGCUCAUCCCGGGGUCGCCACGGCUUCUGAUCUCCCUUCUCAACUUUCAACCAAAGUCCCGAACCCCAGCCCGAGUCCCCACAAAUGCAAAUUGCCGUCGCAAGUUUCCCCUCCGUCCGAUGUCGCAUCGUCGGGCGAAGUGACUGGACGACCACGCAGACACGCCUCUGCAGAAUCUCUGUGCACUCAGAGUGUAUCUGAGCUAACUCGGGAUUUUCCAGAAUUCUGCCGACCCAUAGGCGAUCCAGUUUCUUCCUAUCCUCCUUCCUUUGGUGAAUCGGACAUGGGUUCCGACUACGCCGCCACUAACCAAGAAUUGCUUAACGAUGAUAAGAUUAGGCGUUCCACGGUCGCUGGCUGGCACAAACGCGCGCUGUCCUAUUGGUCGAGUAUCAGGGAGAGGGUCAAGGGUCUCGUCUUCACGGAUGCCUCAUCCGUCUCCACAAACCUCGGACUUCAGCGGGUUGGAUGGGGCCUCGUGGCACCCGAGGAAUCCCAUCAAAUUCCCUUAGGCUCCGAGUUGCCACCUGCUGUAUCUGGUGUAAGAAGAUGGUUUAAGGAUAACGCUAUUCAUUUUGUCGCAUCACCUAGACCACUGGGUCGCAGAGUGGAGUAUAAUAAGUACCGCCCCGCCGCCAUCCCUAUGUAUUCUUCAGGGACCAUUGACCAUGAUCUUGUACACUCCGCUGCCUUGACCCCUGCACUUGCCUACUUUGAGCGCCGGCUGCGUAAGCUGGGUACACAGGUUAAGGACGCUCCCACAAAGUCGGGGGAACAACCCGCAGGCACCUCGAAGGCCUAG